UUGAAGGAGUUAAUUUUCUUUAUAGAUAGCACCAAUAUGAGACCAUUUUCACAACGGUUAAGAACAAUGACAUGUUAUGGACUGAUAGGAACUUUUCUAUUCACUUCCGGUGUGCUGCUUCUCUUACUAUGGAGUUGGUUACUGGAUGUUCUCACAGCUUCGAUGUUAGUUCUAAAGCCAGACGGUGCACUUUUUGAAGUAUGGCGCAAACCACCAAUGACUCUUGCAUUAGAUUUUUACUUCUUCAAUUGGACGAAUCCGGAAGAGAUCAACAGUAAGAAACCCAAAUUUACGGAAAUGGGACCGUACCGUUUUACGGAACUUAGAGAAAAGGUUAAUUUAGUUUGGAAUGAAAACGACACGAUAACGUAUCAGCAGCUAAGAAGGUGGAACUUUGAUGCGGAGUUUUCGAGCGGGCGGUUAACUGAUAGUGUUACCACGCUUAAUGCGGUUACAAUGAGCGCCGCUCACCACAUUAAAGACUGGAAUUACUUUAUGAAGAGAGGCUUUUCACACACUCUAUCAGCGGUUGCACCAAAUGCUCACAUCGUUAAAACCGUCGGAGAACUACUUUUUGAUGGAUACGAUGAUCCUUUAGUGGACAUCGCGGCCACAUUUCCUUUCCUCAGCACAGGAAUCCCAUCGUUUGAUAAAUUUGGAUGGUUCUAUACAAGAAAUAAUUCUGAUACAUUCGACGGCGUGUUUAACAUGGGUACGGGGGUUCAAGGGGACUUUGGUCAAUUGAAAACGUGGAAUUAUGAAAAUGAAACUAAUUACUACAGCGGUGAGUGUGCAAAGGUACACGGUUCCGGUGCAGAAUUUUAUACGAAACCUCUCAAGAAGGACUAUAUUGGAUUUUUUUCUCCGGAUAUGUGCAGGUACGUCCAACUCGACUAUGAAGAGGAUAAGUCGUUAAGUGGGAUUUCUGGUUACAAAUACUCGGCCCAAGCGGGGAUGCUCGACAAUGGCACUCUUAGGCCCGAGAAUGAGUGUUUUUGUAAUGGUGACUGUGUUCCGUCAGGUAUGCUAAACGUAUCAUCCUGUAGAUACGGUACUCCGGCAUUUGUAUCUCUUCCCCAUUUUUAUGGAGCUGAUCCCACCUACCUAAGUAGAGUAGAAGGUCUUCAUCCAGAAAAAGAUAAGCAUGAGAUGUAUAUUACACUUGAACCGACGACCACGGCUCCUUUAGAUGUAGCAAUCAGAUUACAAUUAAAUAUAAGGACUACACCCAUAGAUUACAUAACAUUAUACGAGGAAAUACCUGAAAUUUUCUUUCCGAUGCUGUGGUUUGAACAAGUUGUGAGUAUACCGGAUCAUUUUAAGUGGGGACUCUGGAUUUUGUCUCACGCCGAAAUUAUUUUUCCUAUAACUGGAGGCCUUAUAACAAUCUCAGGUGCGGCCAUGAUUGCUUACGUAACCAUUAGAUGGGUAACCGAAGACAUACAGCGGCGAAAGCUGAAAAUUCGAACGAUAUGCAGAGAAGAAGUGCCUCUAAACCAAAGUGCAUGCGAAAGGAGUUUAAAAAGAAAAUUAAAUUAUUUAGAUAUUAUUUAUAGCUAGCAUACGAUAAUUUUUGUAAACAACUUACAUUGAACUCGUAAAUUAUACAAACAGUAUUUAUUUGA